CGACUAAAAUAAAUAUAUUUGAACGGUCUAUGUACAAUAUAAUAAGUUCUAAGGUUACAUUAUGCCUAGAUCUUUCUAUUUUUCCCUACGGUUACUUGUCAGGACACGAAACUUUGAAAGAAAUUUGUUUCAGAUAAAGGCUAGAGCAAUGAGCGGCAAGAAAUUUCCUCCACGAGCCGAGCCUAUGUUGCCCAAAAACAGUUUAAUGAAUAAAACAGCAUUUAUCACAGGUGGAGGGACAGGUCUUGGCAAGGGAAUGGCUAAGAUGUUAUCUGCACUUGGUGCAACCGUCAUUAUUGCUAGCAGAAAAUUAGAUGUUUUACAAAAGACUGCUGAAGAACUUUCACAGGACACAAAAAACGAGGUCUUUCCCAUUCAACUAGAUGUACGAGAUCCAGAAGCUAUAAAAAGUGCAGUUGACGCAUGUGUUGAAAAGUUUGGCCUCCCAGACAUUGUCAUCAACAAUGCAGCCGGUAAUUUCAUCUCUCCUACUGAACGACUCUCACCCAACGCUUGGAAAACAAUUGUAGACAUUGUGCUCAAUGGCACGGCCUAUGUAACUCUUGAUAUUGGCAAGCGUCUCAUUAAAGCUGGAAAAUCUUGCAACUUCUUGGCAAUUACCACUGUUUAUGCAAAAACUGGUUCUGGUUUUGUGGUACCCUCAGCUGCAGCCAAGGCAGGAGUUGAAACAAUGACUAAAUCUUUAGCAGCAGAGUGGGGAAGAUAUGGAUUGCGAUUCAAUGCUAUCGCACCUGGUCCAAUUGAAACAGAGGGUGCUUUUUCAAGACUAGAUCCGACUGGUCAAUUUAAAGAGAAAUUAAUCAAACGUCUUCCCACAACUCGUCUUGGUGAGAUCAAUGAACUUGCAAAUUUGGCUGCCUACCUUGUUAGCGACUACUCCAGUUGGCUGACUGGAGAGGUAAUUAACCUUGAUGGUGGAGAAACGGCCAUGGCUGGCGAGUUUAAUGGCUUAGUGCAAGUAACCAAUGAACAAUGGGAUAUGCUUGAAGCAAUGAUAAGGAAGACAUCACAAAAACCAAAAUCAAAAAUGUGAUGCUGUAUAUUAUUUAGUCAAAGAUAAUACAUGUAUUUCCCUAACCUGCCUGUAAUAAUUACAAGCUUUUAAGUCAUUAUUGAAAUGGACCCAAUGAUUACAUAUUUGACCAAUCUGAGAAGAUCGUUCAACUACAA